AGUGGUUCUGAAGGCUGACGGUGUGACCUCGCGGAAGGAAAUGUCUUUGUAGCAGCUCGCGGAAGGGAAGAGCUGUUUCUUACCCAGCUGAUUAAUUUGCACGUUUUCUCACCAGCUACUAAGUUGUCAUUCAGUGUGUUUGUAAAGAUCUUGCAGCAAGCAAGAUGAUGUGCAAGUGGGUGAUUCUGCUUGUAGCUUUGGCAGCUCUGUCGUGUGUUGAUGGACAGAGGCGGGGUGGGGGUAGGGGAAAUAGGCAGCCUUCAGGUGGGAGUGCCAAAAUUCCCGGUAUGCCAAGAGGAGCUCAAGUUAUUGCAACCUGGUCAAGAGCUUUAGUGGAUCCAUCAAGGACGGUACAAGAGGGAGCUUUCUCUGUGGGAGCAAAUCAGAUUAUCGUGGUCUCUAAAGAUAGAGGCCUAAGUAGAGAUAAUUAUGCCAAGUCUCUCACCAUCUAUGACUUCACCGGUAAUUCCAUGAAAACAGCUAUGAAGGUGAAAUCUUUAAAGAAUUGCCUGGUGCUGACCAACCAGCCAGGGGACAAAACAAGAACUGCUCUUGCUGCAGAGAUAGGGGCAGUGAAUGGCACAGUAGUUGGAGCAACUGCACCAGUAACCAUAUAUGCAGUGACCAUGUCAGACUCUGAUGAAAGAGCUCUCCGUACUGCCAGACCAGAGUUGGCAAGCAAGUGUGGCAAGAAGAAAAUGAUGCUGGGAGAGACAACUGAACCGGCAGGCUUCAGUUCCAGUACAACUCUUCUGACUACCACUUUUGGGCAACAGCUGUCCAUCAAAGCCCCUGGCCGUCAACAGCCAGGUGGAGGACGCAGGGCUGGUGGAAAGAAAAAGAAGGGCCGAAACCAGAGAGGCAGUGCUUAAAAUCAAACGACUGCAUGGUCAGCUAGAUGUUAACACGGCAUGCACAGCCUUAAUUUGCCAUGUAGUAAUGUAACUCAGUGAUUUUAGCAACACCAUCAUGACAAAAUUACAAGCUGGCUGCUCUCACAGACACGAUGGGCCAUGAAGCCGUGCGCAGAAAAGCUGGAUCUUUUAGUUCUUGAGUCUCCACAUGGUUUAAGGUCUUAUAGUAAUGCAUUUUGUCCACCUUUCUAAAGUUCAUAUAAGUUUUUGUGCUUGUGAUUGGCUGAUAACAAACAGAUCAAGCUAACUUACAGGGAACUGGAAUGCGACAACUUGUGCUAGCAAGACACUGCAAUAAAUAAGCUGAAGUGAGGGCUGUGGAGAAAUUUGCACUUUGUGCUUGGCAUAGGCUGGAUGAAAGUAAAGCAAAGUUGUGUACAUGCAGGCACCUUCUCCCCUUUAUUCCAUUUUCUACUUUUUAUUCCUCGAUGUCUUUUUACGAUGUUAGACAUUUUGUUUUACAUAAAUAAACUUUCAGGGUCACAGUUCUGCGGUGUUGAGCAGACGUGUUUGGGUGUUUUUUAAAGUUACUGAAAGGUUUUUCAAGGAUUUUGGCCGAUGGGAGAAGUUUAAACAAAAUUUGGAGGGGACAUUUUUUUUCCCCCUCUGUCUUUAAACCACCUGUUACCCCGUGAGACCUGUGCUGCUGCUUAAUCAUGCUUUGAAAGCCAAUCCCCUUUUCAUAUUUUUAAAUGUAUGUUUUUAGCAUGGAAUGCUGUCUGGUUUAUGGUGGUAACAAUAACUUGGUGUUUGUGGGUGCUUUGUGUAAUACAUGCUGUCUUGGGUAUUCAAGGAGUUGUGCCAACCAGACAGUGCUAAUGCUUUACAAGGUUUGUAAACACUGUGCUUUGUAUACAUAGAAUGAAAGCAUUUCCAUUUAUGGUGUUGUGUGCUCAUGAAGUCAUAUUCCAUUUCGACAUGUUGCUUUGAAGGUUUACAAUGUUUGUUUCUGUCCUUCGUUUCAGGGUAUAAAUGUUUGCCAUUUGUCAGCAAGUCAUUCACCAAAAUCAAAACUGGGAUUUUCCACCUUUUCAAUGUACAGAGUCUUUCUGUUUUUAAAGAGAAUUUGUCUGAAAUUUCAGGAAAUGACCACUUUGCGUUUUGUGAUGCUUUUAUGGAAAAUAUUGCUUAUUUUGAUGACUAGUUAGGUCCGAUAUUUCCACAUAAGUUUGAUGGUCACAAAGCUUUUUUUUUUUUAAUUGUCGUUUUUGGUAGACUAUAAACAUCAGAAUUAUUAAAGUUUUUACAAAAAUGUG